UCCGGUUGCCAGCUGAAUUUAAUGGCAUAUCUGCUGCUGUGUUGUUGAGGAACGGUCCCCUUCUGGUUCCCAUUAGAAUGCUAGAACCCCGCAACCCCGUUCCGCUGUGGUUCCGCUGCGGUUCCGCUGGACCCCCUGCGCCCCGGUGCUAAUGACUGUGAUGCAGCUAUGUGUGUUACCUGGCAGAAUUUGACUCUCAUCUCUACCUGGUGACAGAGCCGUGGACUUUUAACUUUCUGUCACCACCUGGCUAUAAUACAGCACGCCCUAUGAUAAAGUCAGCCAUGCUGGUUGCAGCUGACUGAGUAGCAUUGGGGGGGAAACUCAACUUUUCUCAACUUUAAAGGACUGCCAUGUCUGUGUUAGAAUGAGAAACUGAGCAGUGGAAAGCAAGUGAGACUGAAGGGGCCCCGAGUGUGUGUGUGUGUGUGUGUGUGUGUGUGUGUGUUGGUAACGGUAAAGAAGAGCCAUCCUUUCAGGCGGUUGGCAGCACCUGAGGCAGCCAGGCCCCGAGCAUGACUAGCCUGUUCAAGCGCAGCAGCAGCAAUGGAGGCUCUGGCAGCAGUGGAAGUGGGCAGGGGCAUCUCAACAACAGCAGGCCCAACCGGCACGUCCGACGCCUGGAAUUCAACCAGGCCAUGGAGGACUUCAAGACCAUGUUCCCCUCUAUGGACUACGAGGUGAUUGAGUGUGUGCUGCGCUCCAACAACGGAGCAGUGGAUGCCACUAUCGACCAGCUGCUCCAGAUGAGCAUUGACGGACAGGGCUCAGAUGACAGCUCAGACUCUGAUGACAGCAUUCCACCAGAGAUUCUGGAGCGAACACUGGAACCUGACAGUUCAGAUGAGGAACCGCCUCCAGUCUACUCCCCACCCACGUAUGACAUGCACAUUUAUGACAGGAAAUACCCAGAAGCCCCACCAACACCCCCACCAAGAUUUGAAGCCCAGCCUCCACCAGGUCACCAGCAGGUCAGAAGUUACCGGAACUGGAACCCUCCUUUACUUGGAAAUCUCCCCGAUGAUUUUCUGCGAAUCCUGCCACAGCAGUUGGAUAGCAUAAAGAAAACACGAACAGUGCUGGUCAACACUGCAUCUGCCAGGUACAUCUGUACAGGAGCUUGUUCACAUGAAUGCCAGCCGAUGCAAAGCUCUCAGAGCAGUCUGUCUCAGCCUUCAUCGUCAUCGACUUCCUCCGUUUCUUCAAUAAGCCAAUGGACAGCCCAGUCUGGUUCUCAGUCCGGAGCUGCUGGUUUGACAGCAGGAGCUACAGAGCAAGACAAGAAACUGAAGCAGUACCUUGAUGACGAGCGCAUCGCUCUGUUCCUGCAGAACGAGGAGUUCAUGAGAGAGCUGCAGCGCAACCGCGAGUUCCUCGUCGCCUUAGAGAGAGAUCGCUUGAAGUAUGAAUCAAAGAAAUCAAAGUCCACUCAUUCAUCCAGUAUGGAGAAUUCCACAGGAGAACAGCACUCUGCAGCUUCAAUGGAGGCAGUCUCAGAUGACGCCCUGUUCAGAGACAAGCUCAAACACAUGGGCAAAUCAACAAGAAAGAAGCUGUUUGAAAUUGCCAGAACAUUCUCAGAAAAGACAAAGCGGAGAAAGUCCAAAAGGAAGCUGCUCCUGAAGCACCAUUCGUUGGGCACAGCCAACUCUACGGCCAAUCUCCUCGACGAUGUAGAGGGAAACCCUUGCGAGGAAGAUGGUCAGCCCAGAAGAGCAAACACUCAGGAAGAAAAUGAGCAACGCAAUGAGCCGAUAUUAUGAUCCUCUUAUGCGGCACCAUAUCAUGGUUACCAUGGCGAAGGCAGCAUGGCUCAUUGGUGGUGGCCUUGCCCUCUUCCUUGUCUCCACCUGCUCACCCCUCCCUAAUCCAAACCAGCCAAUGUAAGGCUCAGCAAUGAGACCCCCUCUUCCCCAGGGAGAGGGACUGGACUGUUCCCAGCACUGACCCAACGGUCUGGAAAUGCAUUUCCUCUGUAUUAUACCACUUUGUUAAUAUAUCAUUUUAAAUGUAAAGGAAAAUACGUAAGUCCUUCCCAGUAUGUGUUAAGUUCCUUUAAUCCCCUGAGUAGUGGUGAUCUUGCCAUAUGAACCUUUUAUUACUUUUCCAGACUGUAUUAUGAUUGGUGCCCCUCAGGCUUGGCGUUUCAGACCCUUUCUAUACACUCAACCAUGUAGAGCUUUUUUUACCAUGUUUUCUUAUCAGAUUGUAAUAUUCUGCUGUUUUUGAAAAUCCGGGUCAUGUAUCUGAAAUUCAGUGUCAGAAUAUUGUGGCCAUUAAAGUUGUGGCUGCCGUCAACACUUGGCCAAUGUGAGCCGUUGAUCAAAAGUUUACGACUUUGGCACGGUGACAACUGUUGUUCAGAAUAUCAGACCAGGGUGACCAUGAGCAAACAUGGGUACCACGUGAAUGAUGACGUAAUGCUUCAGAUGGGUUGCGACAUAACAGCAUAUUGUUGUCAUACCGACAGACUUAUGAAAUAAAUCCAUUCCUUCAGUUGCUUUCCCACACAGCAAUAACAUGACAUUAAUGAGAAUGAGUCUGAGCAUACUACCAUUUUAUAGUGGGAGCAAACCAGCGGUGUCCUCGGCGGUAGGGAACCAUUACUGUUAAUGGUGAACGCACGGUUCAAAGGGAAUUGGGCACGCCCAUUCCAGAUGUCAAUAUCUACCUCCUCCUACCCAUAAACCCUUGCAUGUUUCACCCUAGUGUAAGUGACAAUGGAACAUCAAUGGAGAGCGAUGAAUGGUUUUCCCUUCCAGUGAGCGAAACUUCAACCUGUGGCUCAGAUCUGCAUUUUUGGGCCUUGCUGUCAUUUCUCCUGUUGGGGAAUGGCAUUGAUCUCACCUUUACCUACUGGACCACACUACAAGUGUGACGCCACUGCUCUGGACAAUGUUAAUACUGUAAACAAUGGCGUCAUGUUUGGCCAUGAGAGAAUUAAUUGUUGUAAUUCCCAAAUGAAUGAUGAAUAUGUUUGGGGGGGAUAAAGCAUCUGAAAUGUGAUUGGAGGCCUGUGAAGACUCAUUCUGAAGACUGAAGGUGGACCUUUCUACUGGUCCUUCCAUUUGUAUGUGUAGAUGUGAAACUAGCAUGGAUUGAAUAAGUAGUACCUGUGUGGUGUGAACAGGUGUGAGGGGAGGUUAGAUCUCCCUCUGCAGAACAAGUUGUUAUCGCUUCAGAAAAGCUCCACAAAUGAACCUUUCUGGAUUGUUUUCUCGAUCUUGUGUCAGUGUGAUCUGUCACGUAUCUACUAUCCCCUUUGAUUAAACUACUUAAAUGUGCUAUUUGCUUUUUUUAGUGAUGAACAAAGUUUGGAUGGCUGACUGCUUUUAAAUAAGGAAUUUGUUGAAGGCCCACUAAUGCAUGUUUUAGACAUUGUUAUAAGUCAUACGGGACAUUCUUUUUUUAAAGCGACAAAAGGGAGACCACACACAGAUCUUUGAUCUAAAAGCGGUUUAAAGCUCCACAACUUCCAUUAGUAAACCCAGAAUGAGGCUGGUGCAGCAGGCCUGAGAGAGAGACUCCCAGAAGUGCUGCCUUUAAUGCCUUCUUGGAGGCUCCAAUCAGCAGGUGAAUGUCCUAGCUCCUCCCACCAGGAAGCCGGCCAGCAGAGUGGGAGGGUCGUCACACAGUGACAAAGCCACAGAGAAAUGUCUAACUAGAUUUCAUUGAUGUUUUCCGUCUGUCAGCUGGUGGGAGCAGCUGUUUUCAGUGAUAGUCUCUCUGCCCGGGCUCAGGGAGAGCCGAGCAGGUGAACACAUGGGAGCUUCUAGCAGCUAAGUCCCAUAUUGUUCUCCCAGUUCUGCUGCUGCCAGGUGGCCAACAAAAGAACUGAAUGCAGCUUUAAGAGAUGUGCUGGAAUAUAAAGCAGGUAGCUGGGUCAAAGGGUCCUCAGGUCCAGGUGCUAGAUCCUAAAGAGCAGUACUUCAGUGAGAGUCAUGAUGCCAACACUUCAGACGUACGCUAGCAGGUGAACUGUGGAUGAAGUUCUCCGUUGGUAUCCGUGUUCCCUGGUUGGGCUAGUGUUCUUCAGCAAUGUGGAACUCGUUGGACGGUGUUCAGGUGUAGAAGUCGUGGCCUCCAGCUUUAGGGGACACGCCCUUCACCAGGAGAGAUGUGACGUGUUCACUCAUGACUGCUGCUGCUCAUUUCUCAUUCACAUUGUGUCCAAUUUGACCAGCUUGUUUAGCCUUGUGUCCAAGUGAAAUGAAAUCGUAUUAAACAUAUCUAUAAAUGAUUUAACUUUAUUGGCUUUUUGGGAAUUUGAUUUGCAUAAUGGACGCUCAAUAAAAUAAAAAAGACGUCAUGUUCAGACAUGAGUCACAGGAAGCAUGAACAGUUGGCAGGCUUUUCCUUGUAGUCCAUGACCUUUCACCCAGACAACAACAAUCCAAAUCCACAAUAUUGCCACAUACUCUCAUAUCCUUAGUCUAUAAUACUAUGAAAGAUAAAAGGAUCACAGACCUGCAGUCCGUGUUUGAGGCUGCGGAUGCUGGAUUGUGUCCUCGGGAGCUGACUGCUGUGGUUCCAUCUGUCUGGCUCUGCUCUUGAUGUUUGAGGAAACUUAAACUGAUGUCUUCUCCUCUCGCUGAUCUGGAUGUGAAGUCCUUAUUAUUGUGUAGAAGGGAUGAGAUAUACUGCAGAUCACAAGAUGCCACACAACAGGGUGUAGUUUGAGGUCAUAACGUCGUCUUUGAAAUGUCAGAAACCAUUUUGUUAAGUAGUAAACCUUUUAUUAAGUAUCUGCAGUGUCCAUUUCUUUGUCUUACUGUUUUACAUACACCUCUUUUUCAUAUGAAGAUGUGAUUUUUAGUUGACGUACUGCAUACACAUCUUUAGUAUUAAAGUAUUAAAUGCUUCCGGAAUUGUUUUUCCAAUGCAAGGUUGUUUCAAUAUGGAAUUAAUCUAAUAUUUAGUUACAUUUUAAUUUAGUUUUAUAGUGCACAUAUAAAAUGCAAUCAUUAAAAAUCAAUGUAUUAAUUGAUUAUAGUUGUUUCCAUUGACACUCAAGACUCCAUAUACAUGAGUUCGGUUAAGGAAAGGUGCUUGAACACAUGAAAAGAUGUCAGUGCGCACACACACACACACACACACACACACACUCACACGCUCAAGUGCUCUUUGAAGCUGGUCAGCCGAACGGAGCAGCAUCAUUUCUGACGUCAUGAUUCAGCAACAUGCUCGUUGUCCACGGCGAUAUGAUUUCCUCCGAAUGUAAGCCACAUAAAAGCACAUCCAGGGCUCGACUCUUUCAACCCUUUUCUACGGAGCUCACCUCUCAUGUGUCUGUUGGGCUUUGAGAUGCCCCACAGCAUAAUAAUAAUAACAAUAACAAUGCAUUUUAUUUAUAAAGCACUUCGUCAUCGUGUCGUCUGAAACUCUGACGGCUGGCUUUCUGAACAAAGGGAAGAUUACACGUUUGCUUCUGCAACAAUUCUUAGUGAUUGUUGUGUUUUCAUUUUCAUAUGUACGUUCUCUUGGAGGAGGUUUCUUAGUCUUUAAUGUCAUUUUGUUGUACCUUGUCUGAUUUGUUUGUGAGCUAUAUUUGUAAAUACAAUAACAUGAUUAUUAAAGUUUUGUAUACAGUAAAA